AUGGCGAUCGCGGCAAGCGAUCUGUUGACUUUACGGAGCGUCAUGCUCACGGCGAUCGUUGAGUCGAUACUGGCCAAGAAGCUACUCCCAGGUCACCUUGUUGAAGAAGAGAGCUACUUCUCUACCGCCUUGAUGAUACUUUCUAUCAACUAUUUUAUCUAUGUGGUCUUCUGGACAGUCGCUUAUCCAUACCUUCUUAAUCCUCUGCGGAGUCUACCUGGCCCAAAGUCAUUCAUCAGCAUCAAUCACCGGUACCUUCUUGAAACAAGGCGCGCUCCUGGUGACUUGUAUAUCGAACUCGCAGACCAGUAUCCAGGAGAAGAUAUGAUACUAUUGACAAGAUUCCGCUGUCAAGUUCUUCUCACUACACCUCGGCUUCUCCCCGACCUUCUCGUCCAUCAGGCGUACGAGUUUAUCAAGCCCCAGAGGGUGACUACCUUUAUGCGACAUAUUAUGGGCGCCGGACUCGUUACUGUUGAGGGGAACGAACACAAAUUCCUCCGAAAGAAUAUGAUGCCUGCAUUCAGUUUCCGUCACAUAAAGAAUCUUUACCCCAUGAUGUGGAAGAAAGCCAUUUCUCUCGCUGAAGUCAUGAAGGAAGAGGUUAAUAUCUUAAAUGCGGCUGACAACAACGGUACCAUCGAGCUCCUCAAGUGGACAAACCGGGCCACGCUCGACAUGAUAGGGAUUGCAGGCCUUGGACGAAAUUUCCAGACGCUACAACUGACAGAGGACCCUAUAAUCAAGGUUUACGAGGAACUUCUCAAUCCUAGUAGGGAGCAGCUGAUAUUCUCUCUCCUGACUAUCCUUCUGGGCUACAGGGUGACCCGGUGCCUUCCACUGAGGACGACCAAUGUGUUCCAAAAGUCGAUUGAAAUACUAAACAGCGAGUGCAUUGGAAUGGUACAGGAUAAGAAGAAGGCAAUAGCGGAAAAGGACGAUGGGAACUUUGAUGUGCUGUCGCUUCUAAUCAAGUCGGCUGCUGGGCAUGAAACCACGUCCUCUUCCCUUGUUUGGACUUGCUACCUGCUAGCAAAGCACAUUGAUAUUCAGGAGCGCCUGCGCGAGGAGGUUCAGAGGGUGACACGGACGGAUGAUUAUACGUAUGAAGAUGCAGACCUUGCGGGGGUUAUGGAGCAGUUACCGCUACUGAAUGGGGUCAUAAGCGAGACUCUAAGACUGUUUCCCACGGUCCCUACUACAAUGCGCGAGGCGACAGCCGACACUCAUAUUGGAGGACAGCUAAUUCCGAAAGGAGCCAUCAUCGUAGUGUCGAUGUGGCUGAUGAACCGCUCACAGCACAUUUGGGGUCCAGACUCGACCGAGUUUAAGCCUAAGCGGUGGAUCAACAAGUCUGACGGCCGUCCGAACCAAACAGGCGGUGCUGACAGCAAUUAUCAGUUCCUUACUUUCCUCCAUGGGCCCCGAAGCUGCAUCGGCCAGUCAUUCGCCAGAGCUGAGCUCCGUUGUCUCUUAGCUGUCUUGGUCGGCACCUUUCGAUGGGAGUUGGGGAUGGACGAUAAUCUUGUGAAGCCUCGAGGGGUUAUCACUAUCAAGCCCGCCAACGGCUUACACCUUCGAAUGUCGUUGGUCGAAAAUCUGGCGGAAUAG